AUGUCCAACCAGCAACAAGUAUCCGCUUCAUCCCUUUCCACUCUCUCCAACGACUCAUCUUUACUCUCUUGUGAACCGUCUUUGAACCUUGAGAAACGACAGUUAGACCAUGCUGCGUUGGUUCUAGAUAUAUUCCAAGGGAAGGGAACGAUGACUAAGAUUGUGGAGGGUUUUACGGAGGACAGUUGUUAUGAAGAUCCAGUGGCGUAUGCGAAGAACAGAGAGGAAGUCGCCGGUCAACUUCUGCACAUCCCCACCGUCACUUCCUCAACUACCACCCACAAAUUUCACAUCACCUCCCUCUCUCCAUCCAUCUCCACCAAAACCGGUACAGGUAGAGAGGUAAUCGCAGAUCUGAUCGAAGUUGAUUUUAACCAUGAUCUGAAAUUUAAGAUUGGUCCAACGUACAAUCUCGUAACUGUUCUUCAAAUCUAUUCUACACCCGAAGGAAUCGUUAGGUUACAAGAUAGACCGGGAGAUAGAAUACCUGAUAAUGGAUUUGCAAUGGCCCUAAGAAAGUUGAACGGUAUAGUCGCACCUAAAGUAGCUGGUGUUCCCAAAGAUGAGAAAGAAGAUGCUGAAUUGGCUAUCAAGCAGAACAAGCAGCUUUGA